AUCAAAAUAUCUAUGAGCACUUUUGAAUCUUUACCUCGUGAAAUCUGGGACAUCAUUUUUUUCUAUGUUGGAAACCAUGCAAAGAAGGGUCAAUGGAUGGCUGUAAAUAAGAAUUGGUGCAAUAUGUAUUUAUCACUCGCCUACAUUUCCCCGGUAAUACAUUUGAACGCUAAACGCUCCAAAUUUUAUGGCAUUGUGUAUUCUCCGUUUUUCCCAGGGCAGUUGACAACUUCCAUUACGUUUCGCUUCUUCAAAGAGGAUAAGAGGUAUACUAAGAAGGUCAACCGAGGCAAACUUUAUCGUUUAAUGAUGUGUACACCACAUGUUGAAGAAGUCAAAUUUAGUGUGAUUGAAAACGUUAAAAAGAAAAGUUGGGACUAUUUUUAUAAAGUGCUCAAAGCGGCAAACACCUGGAAAUUACGUCACUUACCAGACAAUUGGAUAUUAGAAUCUUUAGAGGAUAAGGCUGAUAUGGCAUUGAUUUAUUCGAUUUAUUUGGAAUGUGCGCAACAUCUAAAGCAUUCAAUUAAUUCUCUCCGUUUGAUGAAAGAAAUGAUGUCAACGAAUAUGGAUCUCAAUUUUUUAAAUGUAUUCACUGCAUUGCGAUCCUUAGAUAUCACUAAGGGUUUCCUUAAAAGCGUAUACGACUUGGAUCUUCUGCUUCAGCACGUCCCUCAGUUGGAAGAGCUCGAGGUUGAUUUUGUAGACACAAGAUUCGUUUCAGAUCAUGAUAACGGUGGAAUAAUCCUGACUAGAGAGUAUCCGAGUAUAAAGACACUUGACUUUCAUUCCUUUGUCUUUCAAACAGAUCAGCAAGCAUGCAUAUUCUACACCAAUUUUACAGGCCUCAAAAAACUACACAUUGAAGGUAUUCAAAACGAGCUCACACUAAAACCAGAAACAGCAAAGAAAUUUUUUACAAUGCUUUCAUUACUUUUGGAUUACAAUUUUGGCCUUCGUGGAAACUUUAUUGGCAAGUCUGAUUUUGUUAGCAAAAACUGUCUGCAAUUAAAUCAUGCUUUGUUGUCCGGUCAUAGUUAUAGUUCCAACAAAAGCCCCGUCUGUGUCAAAAAAUCAAAGCUCUUCCCUGACGGAACGAUACAACAUACGUUUUCGAAUGAUCGUGUUGCUACAAGGCGUAUUUGGUUAAGCUUGGGAUCGAAUAUACAGCAACUGGAACUUGCCCAAAUAAACGAUGCAUGUAUUCAAGACUUUCUGGAGGCCCUUUCCAGUAAUCAGCACGGAAAUCUACGCUCUAUUGUUUUCGAUGAGCUUAGAAUUAUGACCCCUAUCAAAGCAGAUUUGGUGUUUACAAGUUACAUCCAAAGCAUAUCGUUCAAUAACUGCAGAUUUUCGAAACCAAAUCUUCAGGUGUUACUGGCCUGUUUUUCCAACCUAGGGAAUAUUCAUUUUAGCGAUUGUGCACUUGAUGGAUAUAACCAUCGUCGUCAGAUCGAUAUAAUCAUGCCAAAGACUAAUGUUCACCAACUCCGCAUAUCGUCUCCGGCAUCGUCAAUUUUUUCUAUAUACAAUCCUUUUGACAUAUAUAUGAGACCUUUGAAAAUUUUACCCGAAUCCACUUUGGUCUCACUCACUUUAGCAGAUGAGGGUGCUAAGAAAUACUAUCACAUAGAAAAUGAAGGGAUAUUAGUAGCUGUGGAAACGACAGAACAACAAUUUCUUCUGCUCACAGAAGAGGCCUUAGAGAAUCCAAAUUUUACUAACAUUAUAGAUAUCCAUGUUAAAUCGAUUCGGGAGCUUGUAUUGAAAUUGUAUGAGGAUCAAUCAAAAGAUAUUCAUUUGGUUUUCUGAAAUCCAAAAAGAUUUUAUAGAUGUUUCUCAAAGGAAUAAAAAAAAACUAUUGUAUGGUAAUUGAUGAACACUUGAUCCAAAAGAAAGAGUCUCGAAAAAUUUUCACUUGUGAGUUUCA